AUGGGCUUAACAGCUGCCACCCCUCUCUCAUCCUAUAAAUCUCCCCCCAAAUUUCUCACAAUUUCAACCCUAAUUAAUUAUAAACCCAAUUCAAUUUUUUUUAAAAAUAAUUAUUUGAUUAAUUUACCCCUUCCAACAAUGGCUAAAUUAGGGUUUCCCUAUCUCGUCAACAAUCUGUUAAGAUUCUCGCCGGUGCCGAUAAUUCUCGCCGUCACAAUACGAGGAAUAUUCCACCCCGACGACGGAAUAUUCCUCUACAAUCUCUGGAACAACUACCUCAUCCAACUCACGCACGUGCAAGCCACGUGCUGCAUCUUCUUCCUCGUCUACCUCUCGACGCUUCUCAUAAUCUCCCGCCGCCGCCGGACUGUCUACCUCGUCGACUACGCCCUGUUCAAACCUCCUCGGAGCUUCCGAGUCUCCUUCGCCGGAUUCAUGGAGCACGCGAAAAUCGUGCUUUUCAACGAGCCUAAAAGCGUGCACUUCCAGAUGAAGAUUCUAGAAAGAUCCGGCCUCGGAGAAGAAACGUGCCUCCCGCCGGCGAUUCAUUACAUCCCGCCGGCGCCGGACAUGGCCGCCGCCAGGGAAGAAGCUGAACUCGUAAUCUUCUCGUGUAUGGACGCGCUCUUCGAGAAAACUAAUGUUAGGGCAAAGGAUAUCGACAUUUUGGCCGUGAAUUGCAGCCUCUUCUCCCCGACGCCGUCGCUGUCCGCCAUGGUCGUCAAUAAGUACAAAAUGAGGUCCAACGUUAAAAGCUUCAACCUGUCGGGGAUGGGCUGCUCCGCCAGCCUAAUCGCCGUCGAUUUGGCCGGAGAUCUUCUCCAACAGUACCCAAAUUCAUACGCCGUCGUAAUAAGCACAGAAAUUCUUACCCCAAAUUUAUAUAUGGGUAAAGAACGGGCAAUGCUCCUCCCCAACUGCCUCUUCCGCAUGGGCGGCGCCGCCGUCCUCCUCUCCAACCGCGGCGGCGACCGCCGCCGCGCCAAGUACAAAUUACAGCACAUCGUCAGAACACACAGAGGCGCCGACGACAAAUCGUACAGAUGCGUUUCUCAGGAGGAGGAUUCCGACGGGCACGUCGGAAUAAAAUUGAACAUCGAUUUGAUGAGCAUCGCCGGCGAGGCGCUGAAAUCGAACAUCGCCGCCGUGGGGCCGGUGGUGCUGCCGGCGACGGAGCAGUUGCUGUUUGUUUGGUUUUUAAUUUUGAGGAAAUUCAAAAACCCUAAAUCGAAACCCUACAUCCCCAAUUUCAAAAAGGCGUUUGAGCAUUUCUGCAUCCACGCCGGCGGCCGGGCGGUGAUCGACGAGCUGAAGAAGAAUCUCCGGCUGACGGAGGAUGACGUGGAGGCGUCGCGAAUGGCGUUGCACAGGUUCGGCAAUACGUCGUCGUCUUCGCUGUGGUAUGAGCUGAGCUACAUAGAGUCGAAGGGGAGGAUGAGGAAGGGGGAUAGGGUGUGGCAGAUAGCGUUCGGGAGCGGGUUUAAGUGUAACAGCGCCGUCUGGAAGUGUAACAGGACGGUGGCGCCGUCGGACGACGGCGCGUGGGCGGAUUGCAUUGGUAGGUAUCCGGUGAGGGUGCCGGAGGUGGUUAAGCUUUGAGUUUGUUCAUUCAUUUUAAUUAAUUUUAAUUAGGUUUUAGGUUAUGAUUUAUUGUCUUCUUAUUAUUAUUAUUAUUAUUAUUAUUGUUUUUUUUUUUUUUUUUGGUGUGUGUGGGGCUUACUA